AUGCACCCGUACGGCUACGCGAACGCCAGAUACGUCGCCUCGCUGAUCAGCGGUGUCGGCAUCUUCUGUUUCGGCACCGGCCUGUCUGUCUAUCAUGGCAUCCAGGGUCUGCUGUUCCCGCAAGACCUCGAGUUCUCACUUGGAGUUUUCCUGUUCCUUGGCGUUUCGUUCAUCACUGAGGGAGUUUUGCAAGGAGAAGAUCCCAGUCUCAGCGUGGUGUUUCUCGAAGACAUGGCUGCACUACUCGGUGUUGGGGUUGCGGCGUUGUGUUUGCUGCUUUCUAAGCAGUUUGGAUCCGUCGUUCCGGACGCCGUUGGUUCUUUGGUGAUUGGCGGACUUCUAGGAGGAGUGGCCAGCGUUGUAAUUUAUGCAAAUUCGAUGCAUCUUGUUGGUCGGUCCAUACCUCAGAAAGACCUUCUCGAAAUUAUACGUGGUCUUGAAGACGAUGUAAUGAUUAAAUCUAUCCAAGAUAUCAAAGCAACGAAGUUAGGAUCUCAUAGAGUGCGUUUCAAGGCUGAAAUAGACGUUGACGGCCGAAAUAUCACGCGUUCUUACAUCGAACAACUGGAUCUUCUAAAACUCUUGCAGGAGAUGAAGAAUUUCAAAAUCACUGAAGAAGUAGAGAGUUUCUUGCUGAAUCAUGGAGAACUAAUUAUCGACCGUUUGGGCGCGGAAAUCGACCGGAUUGAGCAGGAGCUUAUUCCGUUUUUAACCCAGGCAGAUUCCAAGGGGAUUAUCAACCUUGGAAACGUUGAACAGCAGACCAGUAGAAUGUUCCUAAAGAAAUGGAAAAGAAGAUAUGCGGUGAUUCAAGAUAACUUUCUCGCUUUGUACGACAAAGAACCGUACAAUUAUCAAGUAGUUAAAAGGAAAGCGGUUUUAAUUAAUUUAAAGUGCAUCAAGACCAUGGAUUGGAAUCUGCCACGAAAAAGACCCCAGUGGACGAAGAUCACGUUGAAUCUACAGAAGGGUACAUUAAAGUUUCGUUUCGACACAGAACCCGAUGCUAAUCGUUGGUGGGACGUAAUUAUGAAGGAAUCGAUGAAGGCGAGAUAUGGGGAGGCAUUCGUCGUCCGAUGUGCCGAAAACAUCCACUCGUCGGAAGUUUAUCCUCGCAAGGAAGCGUCGAUGGCCACUGACGAUUAUUCAGAAAUAACAGAUACGUUCAGCGAAAUGGACGAGAUGCGCGAAGGACUAGCGAUGAGAAAGUUUUCAGAUGAAUGUAAGGCAUAUCUCAACGACGACGAACGUGAUCAGAGAAAGCAAGAACCGCUGGUACCGGCGAAUGAACAUCAGAACGGAACUUUUCGUUCCACAACAAAAGUACAGGACGCUGUUCUUCAACGCUGUGGUUACACAGAUGCUGGCAAAGACUCUUUAGAGGACAGUAAAGCAGAGUUUGCUACCAAUGGGGAACAGGACUACUUGUUGAAGUCCCUAACGCUUAGUGACACCAACGACAAUAAAUCCAUGACCACUUCAGCAUCGAGCGAUUUCGUAGCCACAGGUUCUGAAUCAUGUGAUUGUGAAUCCUCUCUGAAAAAGAAUGCAAAUUUAGUACAGCUGCAGUGCGACAAGAUUUGCGGCAUUAACCGACUGAUUUGGUCUAGCUGGAGCGACGUGCUUGGCCCUGAGCUGCGCUACGUUUGGGAGGUGGUGCCGAGUGACUGGCCGCCAUCGUACCCACUGAAUGAAUUCGGUGGCUGCGGUGGUGCUGUUGUUAAGCCCGAACAGUCGGAUGCCAGCUUCCCGUUACCACCCAACGAAAAUAACAAUUCCAAAGACAAUGAACUCGACGUCUUUCCGCUGCAGUUGCUGCAGCCUGACGCCCCCACACCGGAAGAUGUCGCCGAUACCAGCAGUGAAAAUAAACAGAGCGUGUCGGUCGAUCCAAAUUUUGCGAGGAGGCAGAAUCUCCGGCGUAGCGUUUCCCAAAGCAACAAUGAAAGUCAGAUUUCUGAGGAUCGUCACUCACUGAAGUCGAACAGUAGUUCGUCAUUCACCGCAUUCGAUACACAAGAUGACCAGUACAUUGCUUAUCACGUGCUGAGCAGCGAGAUAUUUCGCCAUAGUCUUUCCGACUCGAUGGAACUGAAGGUUCUUCGACUGCCUGACCGAAGCCUGGUAACCGGCGCGUAUAUGUUCUCGGUUAAAAGCGGAAACAAAGGCUGCAUACAUUCCAUUGCGUUGGUGAUGAGCGAGACUCGUCUUGACUGGUUCUUAAAAUUGCAGCCCCUGUUUCGACUAUUUUUCAGCGAUAUGGUCGCCAGGUUGAAAGCAGUCAUUUUUACGGCGACGUUCGAAGAGAUGCUGGUCGAAAUGACAUCAUCGUUUUCUUACAUUUUGACAGUUUGCGGAGACUUGGAACACCUCUCUUUCAACUCAAGACCAUUUGACAUAUCAGACACGUUCUUUGCUGAACCAGGUUUGGCAGAAAACGUGUUCUUGCGUCAUUGCGUCGCUGCCAAUUUUCAAUGUAAAGGUCACACGGCUGUGAUCGGAAGCAGUCCGCGUGAAAUCAAUAAGAUGUUGCAGACACUUGCAUUCGUGACGCCAGAAGAUGAAUGGAUGCUGUGCAAAUUCGCUUCCGCCUCAGCAUCUUUUGAAAAUAACCAGGAAAGACCUGAUAGUGACUACUGCCCUUACUUGAAGCUGCAGGGAUGCUUGAAGAUGGACAGUAUUUCUUCUGGCGGUGCAGCGAGAGCCGGUUACGUACGACAAUUUCUACGGCAUUUAGUUCUUCGUGCCCUGGCCUUGGAGACCUACGUUGGCGAAAUGACAAACUAUGGGUUGGAGAGGUCGAAACUGAACCUGCGUACUGUUAGAAAAGCUCUGAACCUCAACGCGAAAGGUGAUUUCCUGGUGAUACUUGGUCUUGCGGACAAAAUACGCCCUAAGCUGGCGGAGUUCCUUUUGGAGCAAUCGUCUUAA